GACCGCCGGCCAUCGCGCCAAUGUUGGGGUUCUGACCCUGAAUGCGAUGGUCAAAGGUGUGCUUGCGACCCAUUUCCAGAGCUACCCCAAAACGGCAUUUCGCUUCUUCUCGGGCGUUAUGCAAAGGCUGGCGCCUCUGCGCGCGAAGGCACAACUGGCGGAGCUCACUCCGGGCAUCAGGGCGAAGCCGGCAUCGAAGGUUCGCGAUGCCACGACUCGGCUCGAGUACGCGGUCCUGAUCCCUAAAUCGGCGAUUCCUGAUCUAGUCACGCUGCUGGACGAGGACAGCAGCUUCACGGUCCCGGCGGGUGCCUCCUACGGCCGGGACAUCGGGCACCCGCACCCGGUGCAGCGCGCCGGCAGCUUGCGCCUGACAGCCGUCGGACUGUGCAAGGCUGGACUGUUCGCAGUGACGCUGCCGCACGGUGCCGCCUUCGAGCUGGGCCGGUACCAGGCUAACCUGGAAGCUGGUGGAGAAACGUACACCCUUGAUGUGCGCCGCAUGUCCCGUCGGCAGGGUGGCCAGCAGCCGGGCGGCCCAUGCGCCGCUGCCGGUGGUGCCGCGGCCCCUGGCGGCGCGGCGCCGGGCGCCACCGGCGCCGCCGCUGCCGGCGGCGCGGCGUGGGGCCGCGGGGAUGCCACCGGCGCCGCUGCUACCAGCGGCGAGGCACAGGGCCGCGGUGGCAUGACUGGCGGCUCUGCUGCCGCUGGCGCGGCGCAGGGUCACAGGGGCGCCGCCGGUGCUGCUGCUGCCGGUGAAUCGGCGCAGGGCCGCGGGGGCACUGUCGGCGGCGCUGCAGCUGGCGGCUCGGCGGGGGACCGCGGGGGCACUCCUCUCGGCCGUGCCGCCGCCGGCGGCGCGGCGCAGGGCCGCAGGGGCGCCGCCGGUGCUCCUGCUGCCGGCCGCGCGACGCCAGCCCCCGUGGACGCUGCUGGCACCUCCGCUGCCGGUGGCACGGCGCGGGGCCGCAUGGGUGCUGCGGGUGCCCACGCUGCCCGCGGCGCGCAGCAGGGCCGCAAGAGUGCUGCUGGCGCGUCCACUGUCGAUGGAGCGGCGCAGGGCCGCGCAGGCGCCGCCGGCGCCCCCGCCGCCGGCAGCGCGCGGCAGGGCCGCAAGGGCCCUCUGCGCCCCACCAUCGGCGUCCGGCUGCGACGCAGUGCGGGUGCUGCCGGUGCCUCCGGCACUGGCGGAGCGACGCGGCGCCGUGGCCAGCAACGACGCCCGGCCGCCGCGGCCCCGGCUGCGGCUACGGCCGCGCGUGCGGAUGGCCCCAGCGCCGUCCAGGGCAGCGGUGCUGCGCCGUCCGGCACCCCUCGUGGCGGCGGCGGCCGCGGCGCUAGCUCCCGCCGCCAGCACAGCGGCAGUCGCAGCCACAGCCGCACUCGCCGCGACCGCAGCAACAGCCGGGGCCGCAGCAUCACCAGCCGCGGCGCCAGCCGCAGCCGCGGCCGCAGCCGCAGCCGCAGCCCGGGCCGCAGCCACACGCACACCCGCAGCCACGCCCGCAGCCGCCGCAGCAGCAGCGCCUCGCGUGGCACGAAUGGCGGGGCUUCUGGCAAGUUGGGCGGCAGCCACAGGGGCGCCUCUGCGGAUAACUCUGGGGAGCGCGUGGACCACCGCACCCGCAGCGGUCGCGUCUUCCGCCGACGGGCCGGUCGCGUCCCAGCCGGUGACGGCAGCACCCUGACCGGGGAUGGGCGCACCAGCAGCAAUGCGCCGCGCCCGGGCGACGGUGCCGGCGACGGCGGGUGGAGCGUGGUGCCCAGCCGUCGCCGCCAGCGCAGUGCCUCGCCAGGGGCGGAGCCGGCCAAGCGUCAGGCUCUGCCAGAGCAAGCCCAGGUUAAACUGCGUCUCGCCUCACAGCAGCUCCGACUGGGUGGCUGGUAUGCAUGGUGGGGCCCUGCCGACUCGUCACGUACCGGUGGCGUCGCCAUCCUCAUCCGUGCCUCCCUCAUCUCCCGUGGCGUGGUGACCCCGGCAACGCCUCCCGCCCUCGACCCGGCCGCCGCCAGCCGCCUUCUCCUCCUCCCUCUCGCUUGGGGCGGCCACUCCCUAGUGCUUGCCUCUGUCUACCUUCCCUCGGGCGACCCAGCGGCCCAGCGCCGCUUCAUUGCCGACCACCUUGCGCCGGCUGCCACGCUGCCUGGCCUCAAGGUGUGGGCUGGUGACUACAACUUCGUAUGCAACGCCGCCAUUGACACCCUCCAUCGCGGCGGCCGCCUCCUGGACCCCGGCACGACCUCCCUCUUCGCCUCCACCUGCGCCUCCCCUGUGGACUCCUUCCGCCACCUGCACCCUACCCGCCGGUCCUUCACCUUCAUCAACCAUAUGGGUGCCUCUCGCAUUGACCGCAUCAUGCUCUCUCCGGAGCUGCUGUCGUCGCUGCGUGCGUGCGCCCAUGUGCCUGGCCGACCGUCCGAUCAUCGCCUGGUUGUGGCCACCCUUGCCCCAGUCGACGGUGCCGUCUCUCCUGGCCCUGGCUUGCGGCGGCUCAGUGAUGCCUACCUCGCGUUCCCCGACCUGCGCCGCUCGCUGCUCGACUGGAACCGCGGCGCCUGUGCCGCCGCCCCCGAGGCGCCGGCGCCGUUGCUGCGGUGGUUUGUGGCCUACAAGCGCGACCUGGUGCGCACGGUUGGCCGCCUUAACCGCAUCGCCCGUGGCCGCAUCCUUGAGGAGACAGCGGAGGAGGCGGCGGCCCGUGCUGCUGAGGCGGCCGCCCUAGCGGUGGUAGAGGCUGGAGGCCCCGAUGCUGCUCAGGCUGCUGCUGCGGCCGUCGCCGCGCGCUCCGCGGCUGCCGCAGCGGCGCAGCGCGCGGUCGCUCGGCACGCUCGUGCCGCCCGCCUCCAGUGGCUGCGCACCCGCGAGACGGCUUCGCCUGCGAUCACGCGGCUUGUGCGGCCCCCUGGCGGCGCCGCGCGCAUUGCGGCAAUCCGGCGCCCGGACGGCAGUGUGUGUGACUCCCUUCCCGAAAUCCCCACACAUAUUGUCGACUACUGGCGGCGCAUCAGUGCUGCGGUGGCUACGGACCCGGACGCCUGUGACCGCGUACUUGCGGCCCUUGCAGCAUUUGGGCGGCGCUGCACUGACGAGGACGCUGUGCGGCUUGGCGCCGACACAGUGAGUUCAGCUGAGGUGGAGGCUGCCCUGGCGGCGGCGCCGGCUGGCAGCACCCCGGGCCGUGACGGCAUCCCGGCUGAGUUGUACCGGGAACUGGGGGGCCCCACGGCACGCGUGCUUGCGCGUGUGUUCACGGCCUCCCUCGCUGCUGGUGCUCCCCCACGCGGCUUCCUCGAUGGCGUCAUUACAUGCUUCAGCAAGCCCGGGGACCCCCUGCAGCCUUCGUCGUAUCGGCCCAUUACGCUGCUCGGCACGGACUACCGCACACUGGCCCGCGUCCUCGCCAGGCGGCUCAUCCCCGUCUUCAGCAACGUCAUCCACCCCGCCCAGACAGCCUUCCUGCCCGGGCGCCGCAUCGCCGAUAACGUCCUACUGCUGCAGCUUCUGCCGGAGCUCAUGCGGGUGGCCGAAAGCGGUGGCCCUGGCGGCGGUGGCGGGGGCGGGGGCGGGGGCGCUGCGGGCAGCACCGCUGACGCUGACCGCGGCGUUGUGGCCUUCCUGGACUUCUACAAAGCCUACGACACCCUGGACCGCAACUUCCUGUACCGGUGCUUGGCAGUCAUGGGCGUUGGCAGUGGCUUCCUGGCCUGGGUCAAGCUGCUGCUUACGGGCACGCGCUCUGCCGCCCUGGCUAACGGCUACCUGUCGGCCUUCGUCCUCAUCAUUGCGGGCGUACGGCAGGGGUGCCCGCUGGCGCCUCCUCUGUACUUGGCGCCGGCCCAGGCCCUCUUCGCCUACCUCGACCGCGCGGGCUUUGGUGUCUCCUGGGCGGAUAUCCGCCUCGUAGCUACUGCCUUUGCGGACGACGCUGCGCCGUUCUUGCGUCGGAUGGCCAACGUGCCUGGUUUCCUGGCAGCUAUGGAGACCUUCCGCGCCGCCUCUGGGCAGCGCCUUAACCUCGACAAAGUGGAGCUUCUGCCCAUCGGUGCACGGCGCCGCGCCACUCCUGCUCCCACCCGCGCUGUCGCUGCUGGCUUGGCGGCUGGCGGCGCAGCGGCUGGCAACAUGGCAGCUCACGGCGUGGCGGCGACCAGUGUGGCAGCUGCCGGCGGCAUGGCUGCCGGCGGCGCGGCGGCUGGUGGCGCGGUGGCUGGCGGCGGCCCCGGCACCAGCCACUCUGGUGGGGGCAUCUUGGCGGCCGGUGGUGCGGUGCCUUCUCGGGCGGGCGCGGUUUGGGCAGCUGCCGGUGUUGUGGUCACUGGUGGCGUGACGGCCGGCGGCUCUGCCGCGGGUGCUGGCGGUGCCGUAGCCGCGCCUGCCCCGCCCAACACAGUUGCUAUGGCGCAUGGCUUGCGCGUAGUCUCGCACUCGCGCACGCUGGGUGUGGUCUUCUACGACCUCCCACUUGGCACGGCUGCAGCCCAGGGGGCUCCUUCCCUCUCCCCUGCCAUUGGCACCCUGGGGACGCUCUGCGGCCUCCCCCUAACUGCCUUUGGCCGUGGCUUCUGUGCCUCCUCCUACGCCGUCAGCCGUGUGCUCUACCAUAUGGAGUUUGCGGGUCUGCCGCCGCAGACGGUUUUGGCAGACUUCCUCAAAACGCUUGUGCGGUUUGUGGACCGCCGCAUCAUCGUUGCCACGCCGCAAGGUGCUGGCCGGGCCCGACCUCCCGGCCUCCCCUCCGACUGCGUCGCCCUGCCGCCACGCGAUGGCGGCUUUGGACUGCUGCCGGUGGUGGAACACGUGCGCGCCCGACACGCUGUGUUGGCUGUGCGCUGGCUGCAGCACAUGCACGGCUCUGCGGCUGGCACCUACGUACCGCCGUGGACAGCCGCCGCCACCGCCCUGGUGCAGCAGCUACACACGGCCGCCCACCCCCUCUGCGUCCUGACGAUGCAGCGGGCGGCCGGCGGUGUCGGACCCGCUGCCGAUGGCUGUGCAAUCUUCGGCCAGCCGGUGGCGGCAACCUGCCCGGCCCUCGUGCGCCUCCUGGGUGCCCUCAGCUACCUGCCUCCGGUCACAAUCCUACGCCCGGCUGUGCUGGUGCCAGGGCCCUGGUGCUUUGCACUUCCGCUCUGGGGCAAUCCAGUCUUGCCGUGUGCGGCGGGGCUUCAGGCGGGUGGCUUGGAACGUGACUUCCCAGCUCUCAUGGCGCUGCCGGGUCUGCUCACGCUCGGCACGGCAGUGCGGUGCUGGGAGGCGCUGGCCGCGGUGCGCCAGCUGGUGGCUUCCAAGCCGGCUGGUGCGCUCGGGCCGCGCCUCGCACGUCGCUGCACUAUACAGUACAAGCGGUCCGUCCUGCGCCCCAUCCUGCGCAUUACGGAUAUGGCGCGCGUGCCGCCGGAGCUGCAGUCCGGCCCGGAUGCUGCUGCCCAGUUCUCCGCGCUGCUGGCCCGUGUACCGGCGGCGUGGAGGGUGGCGGCGUCGGCCACACUGCAUGCGCCUGGCGGCGCGGCCUCCGCGCCUCCUGCCCCCCAGGUAUGGCUGCUGCUUGCGCAGAGCCUGGGGUGGCGGCAUGGCGCGGCUGACGUGCCCUUGCUGACCCUUACGGUGAAGCAGGCAACCCAGCUUCAACUUGCGCCUGCGUACGACGCGCUCCGCGUGCGUCACUUGGCCUUCAUCCAGGAGGCCUACAGCGGCGCCGCGCCGCCAGCGGAAGCGAUUCAUGCGCUGCGGGCGGCCCUGGCGCGGCUGUGGGCGUUGGUGUGGGAGCCGCGACACAAGGAACCGCUCUGGCGUCUGGCAGUCAAUGGGUUCACGGGCUUUGGGAUGCUUGCGGCGUGGGCCGCAGAUGGACGCGUGGAGAAAUGCCCGUGUGGGACUCAGAUGACUGCUGGCGCUAGGGUUCAUCACUUCUGGGACUGUGUGGUGGCGGAGGCUCUGCGUGAUGUGAUGCGGGAGCAUGCGAAUGUGGACAUCACACGGAACCAGUUGUGGUUAGUACAGGCGCCACCAGGGCUAUCGCAGGCGGUGUGGGACAUCGUGUGCUUGGCUGCUGUGGCGGCCCUGGAAUACGGCCGACAGCGCCUUUACGCUUGCCGUGAUGCUGCAGACCGGACUGCGGAGGUUGCUGUUGUGCGCAGGAUCGGUGUGGAGGUGAUUGCGGACUUCUGGUCACGGCUAGCUGCGUUUGUCAGCUGUAGUGCGUCAGUGCUGCUCUGGCUGCGGCGCGCCACUCAGUCGGCGACAUCAUCGUCGCCGUCCUGCCGAGCGGCCCCCGCUCUGGCACUCUUUGCCGAACAUCAUGACUUCACACCGUGGAGCCUCCGCGACCUAGCGUGGGUGGCGCGCCUGCUCGCCGGUCGACCUCGUCCUCAUGGCUUCGCGAUGCUUCUGGCGGGGCGCUCGCUGCUGCCGGGCUCGCAGUGGCGUGUCGCUGAGCGGCUCUUUCGGUAACGGAGGGCCGAUUGGAGCUGCUGGCGACUCUUGCUGUGGGCUGCUGCCGCGGCCUGACGUGGCGCCGGGCUCGCCGCGCGUGAACAGGGGCACGCUGCGGCGGGAGCCAGGACCGGCGUCUUCCGGGCGGCGGCGGCUGGAGCUGUGGGCGCAUCUACACAGUGGAGAGACCUGCUUGGCGAAUGCAGUCUGGCGAAGGCAGUCCAGCGAAGGCUGGCUGGCGCAGGCCGACUAAGCGAAGGCUGGCUGGCGCUGUCUGCUGUGCUAGGGUGUUGCGAGGCUGUGUGGACUUGGUUGGGCGGUGGGCGUGCCUGCACCGCCUGCGCUAGGUUGCGGGCGCUGUGGCUUGUGCUGUCUGGUGGGUCGGACGGCUGAUCCUCGUGGUUCAGCGAACUUGCACGGCCCUAGGCCGUCUACAGGAUGCAGCUUCGGGCUGCACCCAACAGUGUGAGGGCCCUGCCCUGUUGGUGCUGGUGUUUUGGGGUAGGAGUUGCACUUUGCAAAGUGGCAGUCAGUCUGACGCCGACCCGCGGCUUAGGUGAGCAGCGCUAGCGUUUGCGGUGAGCCUUGCUCGGGGUUCCUCCCCUCCUUUAGUGAGGCGAGGAGCAUGGGGGUCAUUCGAGGUUCCCUCCUCGAGUGUGCGUACGUGUCUCGUGCGUUUAUGGAGCCCUGGCUUGCCCGUGGCUGUCAUCCCACAUGUAACCUCUAUUCGCU